AUGAAGAAGGUCGACAUGCCAUCAUUCCUGCCCGACGACCGCGACCUCCACAAUUCUUUUUCUCCCAAAUCCUUAUCACCGCCCAUCCCGACACAACAACAACAAACCCCCGCCGUUGACGCUCUUCCCGGAGCAUGGCCGAAACCCACACCUGGCUUGCCUAACGGUUUGCAGCAUGGAGCAGAUAGUGCUAUAUCCUCCCUACCUAAUGGACGGUCGUCAGAGUCGCACAGCACACGCGGGAGAACUGUCUCGUCCAAGGGUAGCAUGCCCUCAAUGCUAUCAUCAAAGAGUGACAACGACCUCAAGUCGCUCGACAUGUCCUCGCUCCCUCGAGACGAUGACGGCUACUUCGCACAAAAGCCAAACGGAGUCUCUCGAUCACCAAACCUUUCCCAACACGCCCUUGCUGUACCAGAAGACGUUUCGCCAACCUCAUCGGCCCUGCCCCUCCAGACAAUGCCAAGUCCCGUCCUACCACCCGUGAGCGAGGCUGGUCCUUCUACCGCCGAUGGUAUGCUCCGUGUACCACACUCGACACAUCGUGCCUCUUCUCCUCCGGCCUUCUCCCACACCUCUUCGUCCAUGGCCUCCGUCUCGUCCCAACCUCCAGGUCGCUUGGUUCAUCGACACACUCUUGAAGUCCCUAGUGUGGCUGGCCGCACUUCUCGUGACAGUCAAGCCCCCUCCACUCACGAUGGUAAUCUUGUCUCUGCCACUGGUCGUUUCUCACCCACCACUCCAAGCAGAAGGAGGGGUUCUUCUCAGCUUGUCCGUCGGGGAACGCGUUCAAUACAAUCAGAUGCACACCUCGACGAAGUCGUUCCGGAUGACGAUGCUGUAAGGUGGGCCGAGCAUAUUAAGCAAAAGCGAGCGAGCAAGCGAAAGCGAGAUGAAGACGAUGAGCGCGUCGUUGUUGGCACCAAAGUCGAUCAGAACCACGUCAAUUGGGUCACUGCUUACAACAUGCUUACUGGAAUUCGCUUCUGUGUAUCGAGGACAAACGCAAAAAUCGACAGGGACCUGACCGAUGCCGAUUUUGACGCAAAGCACAAGUUCUCAUUCGAUAUCACCGGUAACGAACUUACUCCCUCGGCCAAGUACGACUUCAAGUUCAAGGACUACGCCCCCUGGGUCUUCCGUCAUCUUCGCCACAAGUUUGGUCUGGACCCUGCAGAUUACCUUGUCUCUCUGACCUCAAAGUACAUUCUCUCUGAGCUUGGCUCUCCCGGCAAAUCUGGCAGCUUCUUCUAUUUCUCGCGAGACUACAAGUACAUCAUCAAAACCAUUCAUCACGCUGAACACAAAUUCCUCCGCAAAAUCCUCAGAGACUAUUAUUCCCACGUCCAGGACAAUCCUAACACACUUCUCAGUCAAUUUUAUGGUCUCCACAGAGUUAAGAUUCCUUAUGGGAGAAAGAUCCACUUCGUCGUCAUGAACAACCUGUUCCCGCCUCACAGAGACAUCCACCGAACAUUCGACUUGAAAGGAAGUACUAUCGGUAGAGAUUUCAGAGAGGAAGAAUUAGAAAAGAAUCCAAGGGCAACACUCAAGGAUCUGAACUGGCUACGACGCAACCUCCAUCUGGAAUUCGGUCCAACCAAGAAGGAUGCUUUCGUAGAACAGAUGCAGAAAGACGUUGCGCUUCUUCAAAAGUUGAAGAUCAUGGACUACUCAAUGUUGGUUGGCAUCCAUGAUCUGCAGCGAGGCAACGAAGACAACCUACGGGACAAGACUUUGCAGGUCUUCCAACCUGGAGGUCACAAAUCUGAGGAUCAACCACCGAACAUGCUGAUGCGAACGCCUAGCAAGCUUGAAAACGCACGAAAGGCACAGGAGUUGCGAGAGCUCAUUAAGAACGAAAAACCGAUACCAAUGGGCCAAAGCUUGGACAAGAUGCCUGAUGAAAUGGCCGGAGGUCACAGGAAGCAGUCUUACUUCUACAGUGAUGACGGUGGUUUUAGAGCAACCCACGAGAACGAUAUGCCUGGAGACGAGAUUUAUUACCUCGGAAUUAUUGAUUGUUUGACACAUUAUUCCAUGAUCAAACGCUUCGAACAUUUCUUCAAAGGCCUGUCCUCUCCAGAGUCACAGAUCUCUGCCAUACCACCUGAACGUUAUGGCGAUCGUUUCGUUAGAUUCAUAUCAGGCAUCACCAAGUCGCGUGAGCGUGCAGAGGCAGAGAAAGAACAGCUCCUCGAGCAGGGCAGUGAUAGACUCAACCAGGCCAUUCACAACAUCGAAGGCACUCUAGAUGAUCCCCAGCUCUCUGGCGUCAACAUUCUUAGAUCUUCGGACCACAACCCUGCCGGCACCGACAAAGUCAUGCGAAAGGCAGAAAAACAAGCAGAAAAGAGCAGACACCGUGGCGCCAACGAGGAGGACAUUCCGGAUCGCGCUAUCGGUGCAGUCAGAAGCCCUCAUGCCGAAAAUGACAACAUGAUCACACUGCCCGUCAUUGGCGAGGCCGCAGAGAACGGCAGCCCCUCUUCCAGAACACCUACCCGCACAAUAACUCCUCAACGUUCAAAGGAGUCUUUUGGUGGCCGUGACAGCAGCGCUCAGACUGCUACGCGAAAGGUCGAGAAUGACAGCCAAAACCUUGGCGAAGUACCACCGCCUACGCCUCCAAAGACUGAUGGGCCACCCUCUUCCAAGGAAUCUAUCGAAUUCGAAAACCACGGACGUGCUGUCAACAAUUUCAGUCGCCCACUAACGCCGCCAAAAGACGACAAGUACACUCUACGCGACCAAAGAGACAGACCACCGACGCCACCCAAGGACGAGAGAUAUAGCCUUGACAAGGCUCUGCCUCUACCGCCAUCUCAAACAGAUGGAGCCCACGAAGACGAGGUGGAGGCGUUGAGUACACGGGUCUCUGCUCUCUAG